AUGCAGCAAUCGUCCUUUGAAGUCGCCGUGGACAGGAGCAGCCAGCACUCCUUCGUGACGGUCUCGCAGCACUACCUCGACAGUGUGCUGCGCCCGCUUUACAGCGGGCGCCUGCCGCUAGCGGUGCCGUUGCGCAUUACAGGGCAGAGCGGCCACAACAUCUACGUCGGGUGCCUCACCGACCGACCGCACACGCGCUCCAAGUUUGCGCUUGUUUUCCCAAUUGCCCUCUGCUAUGACCAUGGGCUGAAGGAGGGGGAGCUGGUGGAGUGCGUGCCGCUGUCCAACGCGCCGCGCGCGACCAAGGUUCUGGUGGCGCCGCUGACGGUGGACGACAGCGAGGUCGUGGAGCAGAACGCGCUUCGCGUCGAGAACCUGCUGCUUCGCCAGGUGCAGGUGGUGUUCCCCUCCAUGAUCAUCUCCGUCUCCAUCUUCCCCGGGGUUCCGGCCAAGGUGAUGGUGACCGCCAUCGAGUGCGGCGACGCGGAGGAGAAGCUGCGUAGCGGGUGCGCGACGAUGCACGAGGGCACGCAUUUUGUAAUUGCCACCCGUGUCCGUCAGGAGCAGACGGACGGCGCGGCUGAUGGGGCCUCCGCACCGCCGCUCUGGGCCUUUGUCCGCGGACGGCCCACUCGUGCCGCCGAUGACAGCGGUGUCGAGCGCAACGACAUGGCUGCGGUGCGGGUGCGCUGCAUCACGGCUGAGAAGUACCACUGGAAGAACGGUAUGGUGCUCGGCGUCCUCGACUGCGCGACGGUGGCGACGCUGAACAGGGAGGAGGUAACGCCGGGGUUUCUGCGGGCACACUUGAAGCAGAUGUCCGUCGUUGUCGUGGGCAACGCUGACGCCGAGGCAGCGGGAGCUGCGGACGAGGAGGGUGUCUGCGUGGUGGACUCCCUGGCACAGGCGACAAACCUUCUCCUUACCCCUCACGGCCUCGACCCGUCGGCCUCUACGGCUGGGAAGACUAGCGACGCACCCGGGAACGAUUCUGCCGGGGUGGCCCGCCCGGUGCUCUCGAGUCGCGCGCUACUCCCAUUCUCUGCGGUGGCGCUGGACGCCGUCAUGCAGGUGCACGGUAGGGUAGCGGAGGAACUGCAGCGGCACCUUGUGGCCGCCCUCCACCAGUCGAGCGUGCCGCGGUUUGUCAAUCUGCACCAGAACAACGUGCUGCUGUGCGGCGGGAAAGGCUUUGGCAAGUCGACGGUGGUGCGCGCGGUACUCGACACGCUGCCCGACGUGCACACCGUAACGCUCGAGUGCGGCAAGACCAAGUCCUUCUCUGCAGACAUUGCCAGGGCUUUGAUGGAGUGCGUUCUGUGCAAGCCAGCGGUCCUGGUGCUGGAGAACUUCGACAGCGUUGCGCCGGCGCAGCAGGAGGGUCACGCGGAGGCGAUGUCGGCUAUGACGCGGGCAACGCUGGAGUCAGCGCUGACACGCUUCUGCUACCAGUUCUCCGUUCGUCCACACGGGGCGGUGGUGGUGCUGGCGACAUGCUCGAGCCGUGACGCAGUGCACGAGACGCUGCGGUCGGCUUACUGCUUCCGGCGGGUGCUGACGCUGGAGGCGCUGAAUCGCGCGUCUCGGACGGUGUUGACUGGGCAGCUGUUCCCAUACGCGUCGCGCGAAGACGUGGCGGCGGUGGCGGCGCGAAUGGACAACUACACCCCGUUUGAUGUGAAGCAGCUGACGGCGCGGAUGCGGGCGAAGCUGGCGGCGGAGCCGACCCUGUCGCUGCGCGCGUGCGCCGAGGCCUGCAUGACCUUCUUUACCCCGCUGGCGCACACCGGCAUCAACUUUCUCAAAGGAGACAAGGUGUCGUGGGAGUCGAUUGGCGGGCUGGAGGAGGCGAAGAAGACGCUGUACAAUACGCUGGUGCUGCCGAUCAAGCACCCCCAGCUCUUCGCGCGGCUGCCGCUCAAGACGCGCAGCGGCAUCCUGCUCUACGGCCCAUCGGGGUGCGGCAAGACCUUCAUCGUUGAAUCCAUCGUCAACGCGGAGAACUUGCACUGCAUAGUCAUCAACGGUCCGGAGGUGUUUGGCAAGUACAUUGGGCAGAGCGAGCAGAAGAUCCGCGACGUCUUUGAGCGCGCGCAGGCGGCGGCGCCAUGUGUGGUGUUCUUUGACGAGUUCGACUCGGUUGCGCCGCAGCGCGGCGCUGACGACUCGGGCGUAACAGACCGCGUGGUGAACCAACUGCUGUGCUACCUGGACGGUGUGGAGGGGCGCAAGGACGUGUUUGUUGUCGCGGCCUCGAGCCGGCCGGACCUGAUCGACGCGGCGCUGCUGCGACCGGGUCGACUCGACAAGGCCGUCGUGUGCCCUGUGCCGAGCGAAGAUGAUCGGGUGGCAAUACUGCGCAGCUUGCUGAGCAAGGCCUCGGCGCACUUCAGCGACGAGGAGCUGCGGCAAGUGGCGCGGCGCACGGUGAACUGGACGCCUGCCGACCUGUCGGCGAUGGUGUCGUCGGCGCACACGCUGGUGAACAUGCGGUUCGUGGAGCGCCUGACAAAGCAGGCGGCUUGCGUCUCAGGCAGCAUCGGUGGUGAUGGCGCCGCGCCGGAUGGCGAGGAUGGGUUUGUGAUUGCUGGCCUCCGCAACGACGUGACGCGAGAGAAGGUCGGGGAUGCGCUGAAGCCGCUGUGCCUGGCCGCCGGCGCCGGGGCUGAGGCGGCUGUCUUCAACACGGCCGCCCUCGCAGCGGAGCUGAUGUCGAUGGACGACUUGUGGGCGUCGGUGGAAACGACACGGCCGUCGCUGUCGGAAAAGGACAUCCAAAAGCAUGAACGCAUCCACGCCUUCUUCUCCAAGGGCAAGAGCGCGCCUCCGCCCACGCCUCCCGGGUCGCGGCUCGUCACGCGAUGA